AACAAGCACACCCCGUCCAGGCCAGACCCAGAUCCCAAAGCCUAGAGACGGAGCUGUGAGGAAGCGACAGGACAACAACGCAAUAUUAUUGAGUUAACGUCGAAGCGCACAGAUAAACCGUCAAUUCACGGGCAGUCAUGGGGAGGUUGUGUGAGACGGCUCUCGUGUCCCUUCUUAUUAUGUCUCUUCUGAAUGCUGAAUUGACAUUGGCUAAAAGGGGCAGCAGCAGCAGCAGCAAGAGGACUUCAUCUUCCAGCAACAGAGGUGGGACACAAUCAAAACCAGGAAGCACUUCCAACAGAAAUACCAACCCUUAUCCUUCUGGUGGAAGCUACCCUCAUCCAGGAACAGGCAAUACAAAUCCAGGAGGAUAUCCCAGACAAAACCCAGCCAGUCAACCAGGAGUUGGUAGUAACCCCAACCAGAAUCCUGCAGGUGGCUAUCCAGCUGCAGGUGGCUAUCCAGCUGCGGGUGGUUAUCCAGCCGCUGGAGGGUAUCCCAACCAAAAUGCAGGAAGAGGCAAUUAUCCAAAUCAAUAUCCACCUGCUGGAGGCUACCCAGCAGCAGGUGGCUACCCAGCAGCAGGUGGCUACCCAGCAGCAGGUGGCUACCCAGCAGCAGGUGGCUACCCAGCUGCAGGACGAUAUCCUAACCAGUACCCAGCUGCAGGACGAUAUCCUAACCAGUACCCAGCUGCAGGAGGAUAUCCUAACCAGUACCCAGCUGCUGGAGGAUAUCCUAACAGGGGAGGUGUCAAUCCAGGUGGGUACCCUAACCAGUAUCCGGGAGGUGGUUAUCCAGUCAGAGGGGGAAAUACGGGAAAUACAGGUUGGGGUGUGCCUGGUGCGAAUCCAGCAGGAGGUUACCCGGGUGGUUACCCCAACUGGAACCCAAACAAUAAGAUCCUCAGUCCCCGCUAUGGUGGAGGAGGCUAUGGACAUGGUGGUUAUGGGAUGGGAGGGUCUCCUUUCUCUCGUUCUGUGGAGAGUAUGGGAUACAAACCCAAGUCUUCCGGUUUUGCCAAGAAAGCCAUGGUGGCAGCAGGAGUCGGUGCUGUGGCUGGAAUGGCUGUCGGGUAUGGAUUAGGGCGCUUCCCUCGACCACAUUUCACUUUCCGCAACCCUGAAGAGGAGUACUACUACAACAACUACAUGUAUCGUCGUUAUGGCUCCCAGUCCACAGAUGAAAAGGACUAUGGCCGUGAUUAUGUUUACAAGCCACCACCACGGGCAGAGUCUUAUGAAAAAUUCAUGGAUCGCUGUAUGAACAGUACUGACCUUUUGAAGGAUCAGGGCAACAGCCAACAACAGGCAACAACCCCUACUCCUAACAGUCAGAGUGGAGGUGAUAAAGAGGAUGAUGACACCGUCAGCAUCGAGGAGAUUGGAUACCCAGCCCUAAUUGAGCAAGUGAAGGCCCGGCGCUGUGUUGAGAAGUACAUGGUCUACUCUGAGCGUUUUCUGCAGGAACGAAAAGCUGAGCAACAGUCCCAGCAGAAUCGCAGCAGUCCUAUGGGCUACGGGAUGAUUCAGUUUUUCUCCUCCCUCUUAAUGCUUGUGUCCAGCAUGCUCCUGCUCCAGUGAGAACAAUCAUCCCUCCUUUCACCUCACCCUGGAUGUAUUCUAUGUCCUCUGUUAUAUCUGCACGUCUGCAUAGCACUAACCUAUAUUAUCUCCAUAACACAAACAAUAGAUGUAUACAUACAAGAUCUUUGGGUCAUAUUUGUUUAGACAUUUAGUAUCAGCAGAGAAAACUAGCUUGUGUACAUAGUAAAUGAAGGAAUACAUUUUAAGAGGCAGCAUUUUAGAUUUUACAGUUAAACCAUCAGAUUUAUGUUGUAUAAGCUGCACUACUGUUUUUCUGCGAAAUUAUUUUGCACCUCUGUUAUUUGCACUUUUUCACUCCUCAUCAUUGAACACUGAAUGCAUAGAGACAGAUUCAGGGUAUUUUAUUUCAGUUUUUGUGGCAAUGUAUUAUGACAAUAUAUAUCUGCUACUGUGUAAAAGA